UGGAUGGAUCGCAGACUCAUCAAGACCCUCAGGCUCAUGUUACGAUUUGCUACUAAGGAUUCCGGGCCAAGACGCGCGUAGUAACUGUAUCGAUGAACGCCCUCUCGACAGCUUCGAACUGACUAUCGAAGACCUCCCUGACGAGGAUGCCCGUUGCGACGCCCUGGUGCACUUGCGUCCAACAUGAUCCCCAAUUCAAUGUCAUCUAUCGUGCCGAAACCUCUCCUACUCUUCGCAUUGCCUCGAUCUCAUCCCCCUUCACAGGUCACAUCAUGUUUAUAUGCAUCGUUUUGAUGGUGCUCUCGUCCUCACCCCUUCGUCACGGAUAUCGUGAUUACAUGCCGUACUGUACAAUAUUAUUUGUUGUCUCAGAUUUUUACCUUGCUUUGAAUGUACUGGGUGCAACAGGAACUUGAGUAUCGAAUGUCAAGAUGUCGGAGACGGAAAGACGCUACCAGUGACAACUACAUGUGACGACGCCGGUGGAGAUAACAUGUGGUGUCGAAGGUGUCAUGAUGCGAUAAAGACUCGAAAA